AAUGAAGCUGCCCGUCCUUCCCAAUCGUGGCUUGUGUAGAUCCGAUCGCGGCUUGCCCUCAAGACGGAUAACAAAAUUUCAAUCCAGUUAGCGUCAGUAUUCAUCUAUGAUUUGACAGCAUAGAUAUGGAAUGGACCAAUGAGCUGGUGAUGAAAUUCUUGGACUUGUUCGAACGAGAGGAAGCGAUUUGGAAUGGCGAUCACGAGCUGCACAGAAACAGGGACUUUAUCCGAGAAUCGUGGCUCCGAAUCAAAACCGAUUUGGGCGGUCAGUGGUCAGUAGCGGAACUAAAAAAGAAAAAGGAGUCGCUGAUGUCGACGUUUCGGAAAAUUAGUCAAAAAAUCAAAAAGAAGCACUCAACGAACAAGCCGCACAAAACAAAUUGGUUUGCCUAUGCAAAAAUGGACAAAUUUCUGCACAACCACUACCGACCUGUUGUUUUCAAAUACCCAAGAGACUUAAUUCAAGACGUCGACACGCCUGAAACAUCCCAAAGAAUAAGCGACGACAAUUCCGAUUCAUUGUCAGACACCCCCUCACAAGAGAGUUCGUCCAGUAGUUGGCAAGAUGCCGUUCCGCCGAAGAAAAUAAAACUGAAAGAACCCUUAAUAAAGACGAAAAAUCGCCCAGUCGAAGACUGUUCGAAUUCAAGAAAUGCAACCGACAAUUGCUCUCUUUAUGGCGAGCUGUUGGCCAACAAAUUGAAGGACUUCGACCAGCACAAGCAGCAGUUGGCUAUGCUUCAAAUAGACCAAUUAAUGUACUUUUUAAAAUAUCAAAAGCUACCGAGUGCCAACCCAUUCAACUUACAGCCACAGCCAGACAAAGUUGACAAGCUUGCAAAUGGUUCGGCCAACUAAUCAAUCCCGGAAACUGCAUAUAUUUUCAUAGCAGAAAAAUGUCUUUGACAUUGUACGUUGCAAUAUACACAUACAUGUUCAAU